UGGAUGCAGUGUCGGUUUUCGUCCGGCAGGAGCGCUGCACAAACAAGACCAAACAACGUAACCGUCAACAGACCGACUAGUAGCAGCAUGGUUACUAGUUCAACGGCCCGAUAAACCGGUGGAUAACGCCGCUGUGGGACAUUAUUUCAUCAAGAGUAACUGAAAAGGAUGAACUGCUGCUGAUAGUUUCACUCUGAAUAUACUGGAUCAAUCAUCUUCACUAUGUCAGCUGACGGGGAGCUCAGCACAGACACCAGUGAUGACAACAAACUGGUCAGACCAAAGGUAGAGUUCCAUUCUUUGCUGCAACAUGCAGGAGCCACUAAAGAAGUUCUCACCAUGAAGGAGGUGAUGUUCUAUCUGGGUCAGUACAUCAUCCAGAAGCAGCUGUACGACCAGAAGCAGCAGCACAUUGUCCACUGUUCCCAGGAUGCACUGGGGCGAGUGCUGGGAGUCGACAGCUUCUCUGUUAAAGAGCCACGAGUCCUGUUUGCAAUGAUCACCAAGAACCUGGUGGCUGUAAAGAGCCAAGAGUCGACACCAAGUUUGAGCGAACCGCACAGCAACGGUCAGGAAGACAGAGGGACAGAGGAGGCAGAUUCAGAAAGUCGCUCUUCAUCACCAGAAAGGAGGAGGAGGCGGAGACGGAGGAGGAGGAGGAGGAGCUGCAGGAGCAGUGACCCAGGACCCUCCCACAGCGUAGAGGAUGAUGAAGAUGAGGAAGAGUCAGAGGAGGAAGAGGAAGAAGAAAGUAAGAGGAGGAGGAGGUCUGACAGCUACUCCCUGACCUUUGACGACAGCCUGUCCUGGUGUGUGAUUGGUGGAUUGGGAAGUGGGCGGGACAGACACAGCAGCCAAUCAUCGGACUCACACAGCACAUCUGGGAGGUCAGAAGUCCCGGUCCCAGCCUCAGACUCAGACGCUGACAACUUCAGCGUUGAAUUUGAGGUCGAGUCCAUUGAUUCUGAUGAUUACAAUGAAGACGAUGCCUCUCUGUCUGCCGAUGACCAGGUGUAUGAGGUGACAAUCUUUGAGGCAGAUGAUGACGACUCCUUUGAUGAAGACACAGAGAUCACUGAAGCUGACUACUGGCGGUGUGCGAAGUGUGAUGAGUUGAACCCCCCUCUCCCCAGAAACUGUCUCCGCUGCUGGACUCUGCGGCAGGACUGGCUACCUGAGGUGUCCGUCAAUGUAACGAACUCCACCCCCUCCAGUCCGAAAGCUCUGCCCACAAAGCCAAACAACCAAUCAGCAGCCAAAGAAGCUCCAGGUUCUGAUGUCGAGGAGAACGAAGGAGUUGAUGUUCCGGAUGGGAAAAGAGCAAAAACUCCUCCUCUCCUGUCGCAGUGCCUGUCAGACUCCACUGCUCCCAACUCCCAGGAUCUCCUCUCUUCCUCCCAGCCCUCCUCCUCCUCCUACUCGUCCACCUACUCCUCCAUCGACUCCCAGGAGCUUCUCACGUCUUCCCCCACCGCUUCACCUCCACCUCCCCCUCCUCUUGCUUCGGUGGUCCCUGAGUUGGAGCGUAGCACGUCGGUGGAGUGGCGGCUGCCGGACUCAUGCCUGGACCCCUGUCUCAUCUGUCAGUCCCGGCCGAAGAACGGCUGCAUAGUCCACGGACGAACCGGACACCUGAUGUCCUGCUACAUCUGCGCCAGGAAGCUGAAGAAGAGGAACAAGCUGUGUCCGGUCUGCAGGCUGCCCAUCCAGUCUGUCAUCCUCACCUACCUCAGCUGAGACACCCAGUAUGUCGUCCUCACCUACCUCAGCUGAGACACCCACUGUCUUCACAUUUAGGUGUUUUCCACUACAGGAACUUAAUGACACAUAAGUUAGGGUGUGGCCAUUGUCACAGGUUCUGUUUUUGGGGGUGGGUUAGGUAUUUUCAGAAUCUUGUAAUGUGCCCAGAAGUGAGCUGUUCUUUCCAUUAAGUAGCGAUUAAUUGUGGAGCUGCAACGAUGAGUCGUUUUAGUCGUUCUCCGGUUCCAGGUUCUCAAAUUUCAAUGGACUAUAAUAAAACAAGUCAUCUGACUACAUUUCCUGACAUUUUACAGACAAAGCAAUUAAUCCCGACAAUAACUAGUAGAUUCAUGAGUAAUGAAAAUAAGGGUUAGUUGCAGCUCUUGUUCAGUGUGAGCAAACACUGCAAAAGUUAGUGCCACCUUUUCAUUCGCUGUCUGCCACGCAGCACGUAAAAAUGCCACUCUGAUUUCUAAAACGCAGAGGGAAAUAAGGCAGAACCUAGAAACUAGACUUUACGGGUUCUUAGGAGUUCAGUUCCUGUAGUGGAAACGAGCUACUUGAUACAUACAAUGAGGGUCUGCUAAACGUGUUCAUCCCGUGUAGGCCCUAUUCAUAAGAGAUGUCUGUCGCAGACUAAUCUCUGGCGAGACUCUAGUUGAGGUCCAUACAUAUCACAAUAAUUAGGAAAUGAAAGUUCAGUUUCACUUCUCUGCUUAGGCACAUGUCCGCACUUUCUAUUGCUCUUCAUCUCUGUCUCGUUUCAGGAAGCUGUUUAAAGGACAAGUUUGGUGGUGUUCCGUAUUUUCCUUAAUGUCAACAAAACCAUAAAAAGACCAAAACCAACCACAUGUUGGUUCCUCUUUCAGUACUUCUGAUUUCUCUGUCUGUUGCUCUCAGCCCCAAGCACAUUGGUUCCUACUGAAGAUGUAACAGCUUGGAUUUUUAGUUUAGUUUAGUUAGUUACUUUCAUUAUCACUAAAUCUGCCUAUUUUCUCAGUUAAUUGAUUAAUCCUUUGUUUAUUAAUGAUCAGAAAAUUGCCCUUCAUAAUUUCCCAGUGCCCAAAGUGACGUACUCACGUCUUUUGUCUGAAUAACAGUCCAAAUCCUACACAAAUUGGGUUCACAAUGAUAGAGCAGCAGCGAUCAGUCAAUUUUUCAUAAUCGAUUGAAUUGAUGAGGGAAUCGUAAGAUUCAUUUUGUGGUUGCAGCCUUUCCCAAUGUGAGGAUUUCAUGCUUUUCUUUGUCAAAUAUAAACUUAAACCGAUCUCAGCGUUUUUGACAAAACAAGAUUUCGAUCACCUUGGGCAAUUAUAACAAGCAUUUGUCACAUUAUUUAUCUAUAUAUCUAUCUAUAUAUAUAUAUAAAAAGGUUGUUUUUUUUGUUUGUAAAAUUGAAAAAAUUCUUGAAACAAUCAACUAUCAAACUAGUUGCUGAUUAAUUUAAAAGGUAACAUAACUCAAACAGGAGGAAAUCAAGCAUUUAGUGGGGACUAUGUACAGCUAUGGAUUCAUCCACACUUGGUGAUCUAGUGAGUAUUUCUGGCAGCAGGACGAUGUACUUAUGAUACUAACAAUUAGUAUGUUAAUUGUUGGUUCACAGGAUUUGUUGACUCCAAGAAAAACACAGAAUAUCAUCCAACUCAUCUUUGAAACGACGCUUAAAAACAUCAAUUUGAUAAAAUGUUUUUCGCUCCGAUACAGAGACGAUCUCUUAGUCUGUCCUCGCCUUCACCUCUGAACCUGUUCACGCUUUAAAGGAACACUCCGAAAUGAUCCUGUUUUCCAUCUUACCCAGCGUCAGGUGAGACGAUCAGUAUCGGCUUCCUCUCUCUGUGUCCGGCACAGAGACAUGAAGCAGGGGGAAACUGCUAACCUAGCUCCAAUUAACAGGGAGCACCAUUUGCAGGUGGAAAGCCCAAUCAGGGCGCCCCAAUAUGUCAAAUUGUUCCUUCAAGUCUUGUCCAAACAUCCGGUAACACUGUAUUUUGGUAACCUUUUUUUUUUUUUUUUUUUU